AUGGUUGACCUUGCCCAGCUAAUGGAAAAUGAAGUAUUCAUGGCAUUUGCCUCCCAUACAAUGAUUGUUCUUUUAAAAAUGAUGUUUCUGAGUACUGCAAAUGCAUUCUACAGAUUGUCAAGAAAGGUUUUUGCCAACCCAGAAGACUGCCAUAAUAAAGUAUCACAAAUUGGGCAAGUAAAAAACAGAUUUUUUCCCAUAGUUCUGGAGACUAAAAGUCCAAGAUAA